UCAAAAUUUGACUCUCUCAUUCUCGUACAAAUAUCUUCUUUUACAUUAAAAAAAUAUUUUUAAAAGAAGCAUUCAAGCCAAAAUCGGUUUACCUCAGUAAAUCAAGACCCAUGUCAUGGAAUUCCUUACUGUCUCUUCAAUCCUCAUUUGCAUAGCUAUAAUUGCUAACCUCUUCCGAUGGCGAAACCAAAAAUCCAAAAGGCUUCCUCCAGGCCCAUCAAGAUUGCCAAUAUUCGGCAACCUUCUUCAAUUAGGCCCGCUACCUCAUAGGGACCUAGCUUCAUUGUGCAACAAAUAUGGGCCCCUCGUCUACCUCCGUCUCGGCAGCGUUGAUGCAAUAACCACCAAUGAUCCUGAAAUCAUACGCGAAAUACUACUCCGUCAAGACGACAUAUUCGCCUCCCGGCCACGGACUCUCGCCGCCGUCCAUCUCGCAUACGACUGUGGAGAUGUAGCAUUGGCUCCAUUGGGCCCAAAUUGGAAGCGAAUGAGGAGAAUUUGUAUGGAGCAUUUACUAACAACAAAGAGGCUCGAGUCUUUCGCAAAGCAUCGUAUCGAUGAAGCCCAACAUUUAGUACGUUAUGUUUGGGCUCAGGCCCAAUGCGGAAAGGCUGUGAACUUGAGGGAAGUACUAGGCGCAUUUUCCAUGAACAACGUGACAAGAAUGUUGUUAGGAAAGCAAUACUUUGGAGUUGAAACGGCGGGUCGUCAAGAGGCUAUGGAGUUUAUGCAUGUAACCCAUGAGUUGUUUCGGCUUUUAGGUUUAAUAUACUUGGGUGAUUAUUUGCCAUUCUGGAGGUUGAUUGAUCCUUAUGGGUGUGAGAAUAAAAUGAAGGAAGUGGAGAAGAGAGUGGAUGAUUUUCAUUCCAAGAUUAUUGAAGAGCACAAGAAGGUAAAGAAUCAAGUUGGAGAAGGAGAAAUGGACUUUGUUGAUGUUUUAUUAUCAUUGCCAGGCAAGGAUGGGAAAGAGCAUAUGGAUGAUGUGGAGAUCAAAGCUCUUAUUCAGGAUAUGAUAGCUGCUGCAACGGAUACUUCAGCAGUAACAAACGAAUGGGCAAUGGCAGAGGUGAUCAAGCAUCCACGUGUCCUUCGCAAGAUACAAGAGGAGCUCGAUAGUGUCGUGGGCCCCAAUAGAAUGGUCACAGAAUCAGACUUAGCACACCUUAACUACUUACGCUGUGUUGUACGCGAAACCUUCCGCAUGCAUCCAGCGGGGCCCUUCCUAAUCCCUCAUGAGUCCCUGCGCGCUACCACUAUCAACGGCUACCAUAUUCCCGCUGGAACCCGUAUCUUCAUAAAUACUCAUGGACUGGGCCGAAAUACCCAAGUGUGGACCGAUGUGGAUGAAUUUCGGCCCGAGAGGCAUUGGUUGGCCGACGGAAGCCGAGUGGAGAUAAGCCAUGGAGCUGAUUUCAAGAUACUGCCGUUUAGCGCUGGGAAAAGGAAGUGCCCUGGGGCUCCACUUGGGGUGACAUUGGUGCUGAUGGCUUUGGCACGGCUCUUUCAUGCUUUUGAUUGGGCUCCACCAAAUGGGCUAAGAUAUGAAGAUAUCGAUACCACUGAGGUCUAUGGCAUGACUAUGCCUAAAGCCCAGCCUUUAAUUGCAUCGGCUAGGCCACGUUUGGCAGAUCAUAUGUAUCGCUGAUUCAAGACUACUAUAUUUGCUUUGCUUUUCUUUUCUUUUUUUUCUUUUUGGUAUUUUUAAUCAGAUUAAUGUCUAAAAAGAAUAAUAAAGGCUAGCCACUCUAAAUGCUUUUACACUCCA